CAUUCGUUUUGGAGAUACGAUUCCUGACUAGGACAGGGGUAAUUGGACAUAUGAUUUGAGGUUUUAUCGUUUUAUGUGUCGAUAAAUUUUUCACAAAGUUUUAAACUUGAAACUUUUCUGUAUAACUGCACCACGAGUUUUAACUUCACAGAAUUUAACAUGUUGUCAUUUAAUUUAUUACAAAAAUUGAAUGCCACUGGAUCGGCCAGUCGAUUUGUUCGCCGCAACAUAUCGGCUUCAUCGGUAUUGAUGGCCAACGUUUCAGAUCCCAUCCAACAAUUGUUCUUGGAUAAAAUUCGCGAGUACAAAGGAAAAUUUGAUUCCAAAACAUUUGACCCCUCAAUUGAUAAAGGUUACAAGGCUGAUCUAGAGAAGAUUGGCAGACAAUACAACAUUGGACCAAAUGAAGAUCCUACCAAAUUCCCAACAAUUAAAUUUGAUGAACCCAAAAUUGAUCCACAAGUUUGAAGAUAAUACAUUUUGUGUGUUUUUAUACUAAUAUAAGUAGUGAUGUAAUUAUGCAGGAAUAGGAGGAUUAAGAGAUGGUAAAAUCAUUAAUAAACAUUGAUUUAUAAAGUUCA